AUACAGCUGAUGACGUCAACCUCGCAUAGUUCUUGGCGACCGAUAAUGGCGGCGAUGUAAUGCAACAAAUAAAACCUGUUUGUUAGACAGUUCUUUAUUGUGAAGACGGAUUGGAUCUUUAUGAAUUAACACCUCACUAAUCCACUGCCGUUGGGGAAUAUUAUAAUUUUUGGAAUUACAAGUAUUAUUGAGACUGAAUCAAGGCAAUUCCGGUGAAAACAGUCAACAUGCCUUCGACCUACAAAAAAUUAAUAUACGACACCUUCAUCUUGCUAAUAAUAACAGUUUUGUGUGUUGGAAAUAAAAGAAGUCCGUGUGCAUGUCGAGAUGUGUCUAAUUGCGAUUAUCUACCAAAAAAUGACGAAGUUGGAAAAGAGGUUUUUGUACUGACUAAUGGUAGUUCUGAAUACAAAGAAUGGCAUUGGGAUACCGUGACAACAGUAGUAGAUGAAGAUAAACAUAAUUUAGAUGUGAUGUGCUAUGCUCACAGUCAACACAAAAAAUAUGGUAUCAUCAUAAAGUUAGAUGAUAUUGCCGCUUUUGAUGACCUUAGUUCUAAUAAUACAAAUGUCAUAUCUUGGGUGGAGGAGUUUAGAAUCAAGGCAAGAGACACAAGGGCAGACGUAGUUAUACUGGAUCUUAUGCCUCUUAUCCCCAGGUUAACCAAGAAUGAAAAAGACGAUCGUGUUCAAAUAGAUUUGUUUCUAGCUAAACUGAAACAGUCAUUUCUUUCACCGCCAGGCAAGAUGGACUGUAUAGUACCAUGGAAACCUGUAAUUAGCGGAAGUGAUGACAGUGAAAGUGUUUCUAGUAUGUUAGCUAAAUCUUGUGAUAGAUUUAUGCUUAGUCCAGACAGUUAUACUUACAUUGAAGGAUAUGGUUGUAAAGCUAGAGCUACAAUUCCUAUUACAAAGUUAGUCUUAGGUGUUGAUGAGUAUGUAACUGCAGGAAUAACAGAAGAACGAUUGAUUAUGGCUAUACCAUGGCAUGGAUAUAGCUAUCCUUGUAAAUCUUAUAAUGAGACUACAAUGGUUUGUAAGUUACAUAAUAAAGACAAUACAUCUACUUGUGAUGUAACAAACAGAGAGAGGGUACCAAUAGAUGAUGUACUAAGAUGGAAGGGUAUUCAAGUACUCCAUUCAGGACACUGGAAUAAUGCUUAUAAAGCUCCUUGUCAUGUCUUUAAGAAAAACACAAGUUCAGGUACAACCUAUCAUCAACUAUGGUAUGAAGAUGUGGAAAGUCUACGGAUUAAAUACCAGUUUGCUAAAGACAUGAACUUAAAAGGUAUUGCUAUAUGGACAGGAGAUGAUCUCUCUAAAUCCAAGGUAGAUUUUGUGCAUGAUUUCAAUAGCGAGAUGUGGAGUUGGAUUUUACAUGACUUGUUGGGAAAGGGAGAGAUCCUUCCUAGAGGACAUGAGAAGUUUUAUUAUGCAAAUACAGUGACAGGUGUGGCAUUGGGAUGUUUAUUUGGUGGAAUGUUGUUGGGUAUUGUAUUUACAUGUAUUGGAUUCAGACAAAUAAAGAACAAAAAGAAAACCCCACCAUUUGCAAAAGAUCUGGAAGUUGAAGAUUAUCAUGAUGACAGUUUUAAUUUAUAAAAAUUUACAUUUCUUUUUUCUUUUAUACAAUCAAUUUUUAUACGCCUAGAUUUUCAUGUGGACGUAUAUUGUCAUUGCCCAUGUCCUUCCGUCCACGAUUUCUUUGGGUGCACUCUAGAGGCCAAAAUUCUUGUCGGAUAUUUCGAAACUUGAAAUAUAGGUUUAUCUCCAAAAGAUCUCAUUUUCUUUUGAUAUUGGAUCGAAACUUCAUGGAUUAUGGCCCCUGAUUGUACGAAAAAUCAUGUUUUUAGUUUGUGGAUACUCUACUGGUCAGAAUUUUAUCUGAUUUUGAUGAAACUUAAAAUAUAUGUCCAUGUCUUGCAAAAUGUGGGCGUAUCUUGCAUGGCAACAGUUUGUUUCUUUACUGCCGAUUUUAUUUUCUACAGGUGAGGUUUUAAUCAGGCUUUUUCUAUCUGAAACUUGUUUUGUAUAAUAAAUGCAGCAUAUAAAAAUUUCUUGACUAUUCAAGAUAUAUUUUGAGAUGAGCUGACUAAAUUUUAUGUGGCUUGCUUAGUGUAAAUGAGCUACUGGUGAACUUAGGUCUUGUAAAAUUAAUUGACAUAUUUUAAUAAAUUAUUGUUUGAUAUCAACUUUAUUAAUACUAAACAAAACUAGUAUAUUUGUAUAAUAUUAAGAUUUUUUUUUUUGCAACAUUCCAUUAACAUUGCCUUGAAUAGAGAUUGAAAAGCAGCUGCAGGUAGACAAAGAUAAUUUUGAUAAGCAUCUCUAUCGAUUAUUAAUUAUCUAAUGUGGUAAUUAAAUGAAAUUAUGUACCGUAAGCACAUAUGUUUUUUCUGAUUCAAAGUAAGACUUAAUGUUUACUAAAAUACACUUGAACAUAUAUAUGUAUGGUAGGCAUUAUUUAAACAUUAUCGCAUUUAUAAAGAUAUGUAAACCAUUGCCUUUAAUGAUAAAUUAUAUCUAAUUGUUAUAAUUAUAAGAGCUCAAAUUUCACAAGAUUUCUAUAUUAGAGAAGUGUACAGAAUUUUUUUUAUUAAUAUCUGUACAUUUAUGUAGAGCAAUAUUACAACACUUGCUUCAUUAUUCAACAUUUAGCUCAGACUUUAUUAUAUAGUUAUAGUAGAUGUAGUCACACUAGUAUUUAGUAAAUAAAAUGGGUUUAAAUUAUUAAACACCAGAUAUUAUUUUACAUCAUAAUUAUAUCGUUUUAAAAUACCUAUGAGAUUUCAUUGGUUGAUGAUGGUGGCAUGCCAUUAUUUUAAAUUAUAGAAGAUGACGGUUAUGAGAUGAUUUAAUAGAAAUGCAUGUGCACGAUAGUGUAUCUGUAUUUUAACUUGUUUAAUGGUCUCUAGUGAGACAAAACAUAAUAAUAUUGCAGUAUCAUUAUUUUAUUACUUUGUCUUGCUAUACAUUUUUAAAUCAUACAUUACGUGAUAAUAUUGUAUACAUUUUGAUAUUAGUCUAGUAAUAUCUUGUACGUUAAUUUAUUAUUAAAAAACAACUCAUUUGUUCGUUCAAAUGAUUCAAAAUUUUAGGACGCUCACAUAACGUUAAAAAAAUGUCUGCAAGUGAUUGACGGAUCGGACAGAUAACACUAAUUAUUCAGGAGAAACUGAUGUAUACUAGAAGCCUAUUAGUGAAAGUGUAUGUAUUAAGACUCUGCCAUCUAUCCUGUGAUAACUGGUUGAUCAGGUCAGAUGUCCUAUAUAAAUAUGAAGUGUACCUUUAUAUAAGGCAGCGAAACAGAUCAUUCCAAAAUAUUUUUUCUAUUUGUGUGGGCUUUUUUCUUUUCUUACCACAAACAAUUUAUGAAAUAGAAUUUUUUUAAAAAUAAGAUUUUAUUUUGUAAUCUUCUUGUAUUAGAUUGGUUAUUGAAAUAAUAUUAAACCCCAGAGCAAUUUAGUUCUGAUCAGAUUUGUUUUGCACAUAUUUUUUUGUCAUAUAAGUGUUGUAUAUUGUAGCAUAAUUAUAUAAUUCAUCUAAAUAGCACUUUGAAGGAAAUACUUACAAAGAAUAUAAUCUCAGUGGUAGUGGUAGCUCAUUCUGUUACGUCAUCAGUGAGAGAGAAAUGGUGAUUUUAGAUAUGAUUAGGUAGACAACUCUACUCCAUGGUCGAAAUUAUGAAACUUGAAACUAAAAGACUGUAUUGAUCUAAAGCACACAGGGAGCUGCAGUGGCUCAGUGAGUAAAACAUUGACUCGCUAACCUGGUGGUUCCAUAUUUGCUCCCAGCGUUGACCCAGAAAGUUCAUUGAGAUUUUCCGUAUGGUACAAAAAAAAAAAUAAAAAUUUGUGUGUGCACAUAAAAGAAUACUUGACAGUUGGAGAUAUAAUAUAAGAGUCGGCCAUAGUACCGUUGUCUAGGCCAGAUUUCCCUCAUAGCACACUGUAAGGCAUAAUCUUGUCUUCUUUAGCCCAGUCGUUAAACCCUAUUUCAUAUUAUUUUUAUUCUUACAACUUCUUGUAUGCAUUAUUAAUAUGCUUUUAAGACAAUUUAUAUAUUGAUGUACAUAUUUAGCUUUUGGUGAUAGUUGAAUUUGUUUUCAAACACUAAAUGUAUAUUAUUCAUAUAUAGAGUUACAGUUAUUUUAUGUACAGCAAACUUGCAAUGCUAAGAUAAUAUUGUACUGUUUUUAAGUUUUAAUAUACUGUAGAAUAUUAGAGUUCAUGUUGUGCCUUAUAUUAAUUUUUAUUUUUGAUACAAUUGCAUACAAUCUCACUUGUUGUGUAUAUUUUCAUGUUUCGUAGUAUUUUUAAUGAGGAAGUUGUGCUGUAAAUUUGUUGUAUACAGUAACCUGCAGUGAUAAAAGAUUUUUAUUGUCCUUGUUGUCAUAAUAUAUGAUCUGUAUUAAAUGUUAGCUCCAAUAAAAAGCUUUCUAUGUUUAGAA